CUCCAUGGUGGCCAAGUUCUCCCAGCAACUGCAGACGUCCAAACCGUUGGCGAUGUCGGUACAGCCGAAGCUCGCCAAGGCCAAGAGCUCUGUGGAGGCGGCCAUGGACCGGGCGAGCGAUACUGCCAUGGUUGUGGAGGAGGCCACGGCCAAGCUGGACAAGGAGCUCGCUGAGGCGCAGGAGGGGUUCAACAACUUCGGCGGCAGCGGCCAUGCCGCGAAGCUGCGUGAGCUCUUGCGGGUUCGGGCCGCCGCUGCCUCCACUGCUGGGCCUCUUGCUGAUGGCUUUGGCAUCUCUGCUGGUGCAUGCGACCACGACUGGGACAUGGGCGCGGACUUUGAUGCCACGUCCGCCAAAUUCGCCGCGGCCUCGGCUGGCGGCGGCGUCGACAUUCAGAGCCUGGCAGCGAAGCGGGAGCUCUUGCGGUCGCUGCUCCCCUCGCCUUCAGCCCUGAAGAGGCCCAGCGGCAAGGGUGACGGGCUAGGUCACCGUGCUCCCACGGUGGCCAAACAGGAGGCUUCCACGGCCGACUGCUUCAUUGCGCCGGGGGGCCCUGGCGAGCAGGGUGUCAGACGGGCGGGCGUACGA